CUUCAUUGUCUGAAGGCUCCAGAGUUCACAAUGACUAAUGAAGAACCACUCCCAAAGAAAGUUCGCCUUAGUGAAGCAGAUUUUAAGGUUUUGCCUAGAGAUGAACUGAUCCUAAGGUGGAAGCAAUAUGAAGCAUACGUACAAGCUCUGGAGAGCAAAUAUACGGAUCUCAACUCUAACGAUGUGACUGGAUUGAGAGAGUCUGAAGAGAAGUUGAAACAGCAACAGCAAGAAUCAGCCCGAAGGGAAAAUAUUCUGGUGAUGAGGCUGGCAACUAAAGAACAGGAAAUGCAAGAGUGUACUAAUCAGAUUCAGUACCUCAAGCAAGUCCAGCAGCCUAGCGUUGCCCAACUGAGAUCAACAAUGGUGGACCCAGCCAUCAACUUAUUUUUCCUAAAAAUGAAAGGUGAACUGGAACAGACUAAAGACAAACUGGAACAAGCCCAAAAUGAACUGAGUGCCUGGAAAUUUACGCCUGAUAGAGGCCUGAUGGCAUCGGACUAUUCUGAAGAAGUGGCCAACUCUGAAACAAAUAUCUUUCUAGACCAUGUAGACACUUGCAAAAUGGUUCUAAUUGAAGAAAAUAGAGGGAGAAACAGAAGUCUAAAGUCUGUGGCAUACUGUGUCUACAGACAGUGUGGAGGAGAGAGAACCUAGAGAUUAUAAAUAAUGAAUUGAACAUGUUAAAUUCCUGUAAAAUGUAGAAGUGGAAUAUGCUUCGCUCUUAACCUUGAGCCUAGUGACUUAGAGAUACUAAGUCAGUUUUGCCAAUAAGACUGGACUUCCUGCUUGUUCACUGAACUGCUGGGUCAAAACUCAGGUGAAAAAAAUGAGGUGAAUUUUGCAUAAGAGUUUGCUAACCAGCUUUGAAUAGCCAUGAGAGAGUGGUAUUGCAUGACAUCAGUGGUAGUGUACGUAUUUGAUUGUUUAACACUUGGGCUCUAUAGCGCUUAACUUGAGCCUAAGCCAACAUGAUUUUAAAUAAUGAAUUGUUCUUUGGAUGAUUGGUAACACUGUGGACUUCUAAAAAAUUAGGACUGUACAAAAAUGUAGGUCGUAUCCAUUGCAGGUUUUAAAUUGUUUGAAGCAAUAAAUAUAUAUUUGAUCACAACUAGAAUGUAUAAGGAAACUAGUUGUGAGGAGUAUUUCACUGCAUGGUUCCAUGCAGAAAUGAAAAUUUUUUGUUCUCCUAAGAAUGGUCUCAAAUGCUCAAUAUACAAGGCACUCACAAUGGUAACUGUCUUCUUCAGUGUUUGUGGGAUAUUUUUCUUUUUGUAUACAUGGGUUGGGUUUUUUUUGGGAGUGGGGGUUGUAUUACACUUUCUAUAUGAAUGUGCCUUAAAAUAGUUGUAAAAUAUAGUUCAAGGAACACUAAUGGUCAAACUAUGGUACUGUGAAACUGUGGGGAUGAAUUAGAAUGGGAGAGAACUGAGUUGCCUUCCUCUCUGAAAAGAAACAUAUUUAAAUGCAUGCAUCCUCCUGUGGGUGGAAUCAGUUGAAGAGCUUUGCUACUCUCUUGAUGCCUCUUGGUACGGUAUCCCAAGUUAUUUGCCAGCCCAGUAAUAUGGGACAGCCCAGAGUGCAUGUUCAAGGUGUGUAAUUAUGGGGGAGAAUUAUGAAAUUAUAUGGACUGGUAUAGUCAUUGUAUAUUUUUAGACUUGAUUUCCACCUAGAAUAUUGAGGUUUCUAUGACCAAAUCAAUUGGGCAUUUAUUUCAUGACUCCAUUGAACACUGGAAAGUUAAAUGUUGUCAGAUUUUACAAAUGACAGCAGGUCCAACUUGUACUAAAAGUGAUGCCUUAUACAAUAGGGAAACAAUUUGUUUCAUCAUUUGAAAUGCAAUUUUAUCAAGGUUAAUUCAGUUUAAUUAAACAUUCAUUCUUCAGCUCUCUUCAGUAUGUUGAACCAUUGAGUGUGCUUUAGGUAAUUAAUGCAGAAGAUAGAGUAGUGUGCUUGUGUGUAGGCUUUUUACUUAAGCAGUGGAUUUACCACAGGAAAAAAUAAAAAUUUGCCAGAGGUUCAUCUCUUUAAUUUUAUACAUAUAUUACAUUUUUUUUGUUAUGGCAUUAUUUAAUGUUUUAACAGUAUAGCAUCAAAUAGAGGUAAGACUUGCAUAAGUAAAUUGUGUUAAUGUGUUA